AUUCUGCUUUCAAUUUUAUUUUAAUUAUUUUUGAAUUUGAACUUUUAAUUACAUUGAAGCCUUUUUUUUUAAUUUUUAAUUUUUUUUUUACAAUGUUGGCAGCAAAGGUUAUCCGGAGGCAUACGCAUACCAAGGGGAUGUUGAGAUAUCUGAGUACAGAAAAAUUAGGGCAGCAGUCGCAGAUCAAGACAAAGAGCGAUACGUAUGGUGAAUACCAUUUCCGCAAGUCUAUUGAGCGCGGAAGGGAGGCAUACUCUGUGAAAAACGUAUUUACAGCGUUGGCGUUGGCGAGUGGGUGUGCCGGGAUAUAUUUUUACUCGUUGAGUGCUGUGAAGCAGGAGAAUUUCAGUGAUGUACCGAUGCCGCGUGAACCUUCUGCUGAGGAAAAGGCACAGUUUGAACAGGAAAAGCAGCAGUAAAAUUUUUUCUUCUAUUUGUGAUUAUAUGUUUAAAAAACCGCAGCAAGUGUGAAAAAAAACCUUUAUAAAAUGAUCACUUGAAAAAAAAGGUUUUCUUCUUUUUGUAUUGCUCAA